AUGUCCUGGAGGAGGAUUUUUACAUGGAAAGCAGCUGGGGCAACAUUGGCAACCACCACGUUGAUUGUCAUACCGAGCACGGUGAUAGCUUACAAAUACGGCCAGCGCACAAUCUUGCAAGCGCCGCCCGAGGAGUUGUUCCCACAUAGCUCAACCACCAAGCUCUCCGAUUUGCAACCACCACGUUAUUGUCGGGACUUGUCUCGCGUUAUACCGGAAUUUACUCAAUUGGGAUUGGAGGUCGUCAACACCAAGCCUGAAAUCGACCAUCACACGGGCAAUGAUUUCACUACCCAUAAACCCUUACCUGGCGAAGUGCCGCAGUAUAUAAUCUACCCCAAAUCGACUGCUCAAGUGUCGCAGAUUUUGCAAAUAUGCCAUCGCGAAAGCAUACCGGUGUUGCCAUUCAGCGGUGGCUCGAGUCUCGAAGGCCACAUCCACUCAACGCGACAAAACUUGGUUAUCGACACCAGCAAAAUGAGCCUGAUCCUCGCUAUCAACGACGAUGACUUGGAUGUCGUCGUGCAGAGCGGGGUCAACUGGAUGGACCUCAAUCAGGCGUUGCAGCCGAGAGGUUUGAUGUUUGGACCAGAUUGUGGGCCCCAGGGCUUAAUCUCGGGCAUGAUUGCCACGAAUGCCUCGGGCAUCAAUGCGUCACGAUACGGGGCCAUGUCGGCGAAUGUCAUUUCCGUCACUGCGGUAUUGGCUGAUGGUACCGUCGUGAAAACCAGGCAACGGCCGCGCAAGUCGAGCGCCGGUUACAAUUUAACGAAUUUAUUCGUGGGAAGUGAAGGUACGUUGGGGAUUGUGACUGAAGCUGUAUGUAAAGUAUACCCGAUCCCAAAGAGCGAAACCACCGUGGUUGUCCAGUUUCCCCUGAUUGCUCACGCGACUAACGCCGUGGCCCAAGUGUUCAAAUCAGGAAUGCAGCCCAACGCCGUCGAAUUGCUCGAUGGGGACAUGAUGCAUUGUUUGAACUACAGCGGAUACACCACCAAUGCCUGGCUAGAAGUGCCCACGAUUUUCUUCAAGAUUGGCGGCAUCAGCGAUGUUGUCGUUGAGGAGAACAUCAAGGUGUUGAACCAAUGUGCUAAGGAUAACCAAGGGCAAAGCUUCAUCUUUGCCAAGAAUAAGCAAGAGCAAGAAGAGUUGUUUUCCGCGAGGAAAAAUGCAUUUUUCGCCAUGAUCAACUGGGGCAAGAACGAGAUCGACGAAGAUGUGCGCAUAUGGGUGACUGAUAUCGCCGUGCCGUUGUCUCGUCUCUCAUCCGUGUUGGACCAGAUCAACGACCGCAUCCAAAAGUCACCUUUUGCCUCGAUCAUCUUGGCCCACGCUGCUGAUGGCAACAGCCACGUGGACAUUUUUUACAAGCACGAGCAACGAGCGCAGGUGGAGCUCUUGGUCAAUGAAAUGAUUGAGUUGGGGCUCGCAAACGAAGGCACCGCUACGGGCGAGCACGGCGUCGGCAACGCAAAGAGAAGAUUCUUGGAGCUGGAACUAGGUGCCGAUACCAUUGGCAUGAUGCGAAAGCUUAAAAUGAGUCUAGACCCGAAGCGAAUCUUGAACCCUGACAAGAUAUUCAAGAUUGAUCCCGACGAUGACUAUGAGUAUUGA